UCAAGAGCUAGGAAGGUGAUGUUAUUGACAUCAGCCAUAGCCAAAUAUUACGAUUUACGAAAUGACUCAUGCUUGCCGUUUCUUGAGAGCAAGAUACGAAAUCGAUGUCGUCGGAUUGGGGUAUAUAAAGAUGGACGAUCUAGGGUGAAGGAGACUCGAAUCUCAUCAGACAACAUCAAAGCAAACGCAAGGAAUAUCUCAAAGCUCAAACCUCAGUCUUUACAGAGCCUUUACAUUAUCUCGAUGAGAUUCUCGACAAUCCCUCAAACCUGAACAUCUCUUUCUUGAAAAUGCAUUACGCCUCGAUUCUCAACGUCCUCACUCUCAUCUUUUCCUUCACUUCUGCAGCUCCGGUCGCCGAUCCUCAGCCUGAAGCAGCCGCUGCCCCCCAGUCCGACAGCGGUGGCUCUAGCAUUGGAGGGCCAUCAAUUGGGGAACUGGCCUGGUGCUUGGUCCCAUGGCACUUGAUCGCCUGCAACACCGCGAACAAUCUCGCGGACACUGCGGCCGCAGAAGCCGGGAAUCUCUACCCGCAGAGCUCCCUCCAUAACGGCAAAGGCGAUGCGUUCCGCCACUGCUAUUGGAACGCUCUCAUGGUGAUCGAAAUUGGCGGAAGCGACGCGAAGAGCAUCGCCGAUAAUCAUGAGCAAGGAUCGAGUGGGCGGGAGAAGGAUAUGGACUUGAAGAACAAUGCGAGCGGCCGCAGGAUUGGAAACGGGGCGACGAAGGAGGGGGCGAAGAAUGGCUGCAAAGCCGCGGCGGAUAAUGGCGAUCUGGUCGUCCUUUGAUUGAUGUCUACUGGAUGGGUCUUGAGCCAUACUUGAGCCUUUUAUGCUCCAUCGGAUCAUGUUUCGUGCUUGUUACGUUCUAUUGCAUUGGUCCACCCCACUUCGUCCGGGAAUGGUGUUUUCGGAGUUUACCAACUUUGUCAUCCCCUUUCAAGCAAGUAUCAUGUACCUCUCGCAUCCAAUGAAGGUUUCGAGGUGACAUUUCUGCUCUGGUCUUGUCUUUCAAGAUGCCGAAUGCUACCUCACCAGCACAUUUCCGGUCCUCUAAACACCCACUUCAUUAACACCUAUACUCGAUGAGC